UGUGUCCAGUGAAAGCUUUCACUUUCAGAGUGUUUCCGCAGAGCAUAUAUCACGGAGGAGCUGUGGUCUAACGACAAAAAGCAUCCCACCCUGCCACCACCUCGUCCUCCCCCCGUCGGGGCUCAUUCAGUGUAUUCCUGCAUAAUUACCUUAAAGUGAUGAAAGAAAUCAAUGGAUUGCAGUCGCUCCCUACGGCACUAAGCAAAGCCUUGGAUUGUCACGCUGCUGAGGAUUUGUGGAGUGUGUCCGUGGGAAUUUGUGGCCAUUCAUCCAGAGAUCAUUGAUGUGGUGUUUAACCGGAAGGUCUUUUACGUGGUUGCGAGGAGCAAAAUGGAUGAGGUGGAGAAAAGCAACCCUGAGAAAGGAAACUUUGAAAAUGUUGAGCAAGAGUGUUAUCCACUCAGGGCACAACAACAUAAUCACGGCGAUACUGCAGAGGAAGUUUGCCUCACAUCCCUACAAAAUGGCCGCAUCUUUGGUGAGAGCUCUGCUCAAGCAGAUGGAGGUGCUGCCAUGAGGGAGCACCAGGAGGGACAGGUUCACCACAUACACAAGAAUAAACUGGAGAUGCAACAAAAGCUCAAGGAAAAAGAAGAAGAGAUAAAAUGCCUUCUCAACACUUUGGCUGACGCUGAGAUGCUCACCGUGUUUGUCAGCAAGUCGUGGAUGGAUGCUUACAAACAGCUUAACAAAACCUUUGAGGAUGACGCCAACAACAUGGUGGCAGCCAUAAAUGUAGAGUGGCAAAAGUGGUGGGCCUACAGAGAGCAGGAGACUGCCGAACAGUUUCAGACGCAGCGGGAGAACAUGCAGUGGCACAUGGAUGACAUGGCGGUCCGUUUCAACACUGAGCUAGACAGCAUGCGUAGGCACAAUUUAGAAAUGUCUGCAUACUUCAGAAGUGAAAUGGAGAGCCUCCAACAGCACAUGGUCGAGGUCAUCCAAGAAAAGGAUGAACUGAUUGCAAAAUUGCAACGUGAAAACUACAUCCUUGGAGCAGAGAAUGGGGAGAUGUUGCAGUCCCACAGUUUUAAAUAUGAGAAUCCAGAAGAGCAACAAAGUCUUCAUGCUUUGGAGGUUCCAUUAAAAGUGGACCAAGAUACAACGUCAGCCUUUGUUAAUGUGGCUGAAGUAGCAGAUCGUGAUCCACUCCAUGAUGCACAAUGAGGCACAUCGAGUACACCACUUCACUUGGGCUUGUUUGAGCUUAAUAUGACAUGUAUUUACAUGGUUACAUACCAAUGAGUGAUCAAAUGAGAUGCAGUUUCCAAAGGAGACAGAACAUGAACAACUGGGACCUGGUAGUAGCAAACGGGACAGUGCAUAGGGGCAAAUGGACAGCGAGUGCAUUUUUAACGAGGCCCACAACAAAAGUGCUUGUAAAAAUGGCAACAAUGUGAAAAACAAUUGCUAUCGCACAGCAGAAACAUAUCCAGGCCAACAAGUACUGCAGGCAAGAAUGGCGAUUAAAGGGCUCUGAAAACAAUGGCCCAGAUCUCCCCAGCUAUGGUGCAGAUUCAGCUGCUGGGCACCAGCCACGAGCAUCUGACAGGGCUCCAGAGAUCUGCGAUGAGGGUCCAGUGCGAGUCGCGAAUGUGCAACAAUGUCCUCAACCUCAACUGACUUGAGAAAAGAACGAAAUGACCAAAAUAAGUAUAGCUUACAGUCAAGAUUGGUGACAGAUUUUUAGAGCUCCGACCUAACCUCAUAAAGAAGCAAAUGAUUGUUACACAAGUGGGUACACAAAAUGCAGGCAAAAUGAAAUGCUAAUUCAGGCUCAACAAAGUCCAACUCUUCUUUUCACUAAAAUAAAUCCUGCAGUGACUUCCAAGGCCAAGAAUUGAUUGGAUGGUUCUCUUCAAAUCAAUGACGACAGAACCUUCAUCUGGCAUUUGCAUGUGCUUCCUCAGCAGGAGCAAUAUCGGUGGUGCUCGCAUUGCAAUUAAUCGGCUCAUUUGCUUUGUGCUACUGGCCCACACAACAUAUUUUAAAGCUAUGCUGAUUACAUUUAUUAAAUUAGGCAAUUGGAGUUUUUACCCUUUGGAGGUUGGGGUGGGGUUGGCGGUUGGUUGGUUAUAGAACUUUUGUAGAACUUUUUUUUUUUUUUUUUUUUUUGAUUCUACAAGUGUACUUGGUGAUUUGUGUUUUUCACUUGGCAUACAAGUGUGCAUCGUAGUUGUAUUUUCUUUAGUGACACUUUGGCUUGAAUUUUCAAUUAUUGCUUCUUGUUUCUUCUACAUCAGGCAGAUGUUCAAUAUAAUAUACAUAUUGCAGAUUCUGCACGUAUUGAGUCAGUCACCAUCCUCACCAACGAUUGUUGACAACAGAGUAGAUUAAACAUGGCUGAAAACAUGAUUGGAAGUAUCCAGAGGAACAUGCAAAUCAAAUGCGGCAACACUUAUGGUUGACUAGCAUUAUGCCUGAAAGUUUCAUAAUGAAACUGGCAAAAUUAUUUGUGUCACAUGACAACAACAGGAAGUAACAAUGGAAGAAAAUGUGGACUUGGUCCCUGUUCUACAAAGACAGCCCUUAGCUUGAUUAUAUGCAAACAUUAACUGCAAUCUGGCCAUAUCUAGACAGAUGUUUUCUUAAGCUCCCAUCAGAACCAAACGGGGGAUUCUGCUGUAUUUUAGUUUUCCAUCAGCACUUGGCCAUACAGUUAUCAGUCACACCACUGCAGAGUCAAAAGCAUCCCCAAUGGCGCCGGUGGUUGCCGAGCCACACAUGAUGGAUGCCUCCUGCACUUUUCCUGUCACAGGCACUGCUCUGAGGUAAUAACCAGCGUGACCCCUUUCAAAAACACUUCCUUUUUUGGGUCCUCAGACACCCUCUAAUCCUGACAGCAUUUAGACACUGCCUGCCACACAGACACAAGUCCACUGACAAAAACACUGGGCAAAUCAGGACUGAGUCAACUAUUGGAAAUGAGGCAACGCAGGCCAAGCACUUGAUAUGCAGGCAUAUGCUUUGUGGCUUAUCGCUACUGCUCAACUGUGCAGAGCAAUUGCUUGGCUGGCCCAGUGAACACCCCCCCCCCCCCCCCCAAUCCUCAUUCACUGCUACUCAUUUUGUCUCCAGCCACUUUUCUGCCAGCUUGGAAGGACAUUAUUGGAAUCGUUUCCAAUCAUGUCAAUUGUAAUUAAAUGGAUGAUUUCCCCCUAAUGCGAAAGCGAGUGUCUAGUACUGUUGAGGUACACUGCACCAACCAUGAAAAGAUAUGCUUUACUUAUAAAAUAAAUGAAGCACCAAAACUACUCUAAAUCCUUGAUGGAAUUAAUGCUUAUUACAUGCAUUCCACAGAACUAACUGAAAAUCGUUAGUUCAUGCAUGGUGUGCUCUUGUUUAGUCCUGCAGAAGAGGCAUCGAGUUAAAUUGAGGCCCAAAUAAUCUUCUGAUAGUCUGAAUAGCAAAUAUGAUUAAACUGAAAAUUAAUUGGUAGAUUGACUAGUAGUCUGAACAGUCAAUAUGAUUAAACUGAAAUUAAUUGGUAGAUUGAGCCAUGUCACAUUCAUUUUAAGGGAAAGGGACUGAAUCUUUUAUUAAUUUCCGUGCUGGGUGGGUUGUGGACAGCAAGUCAAAAGCCACUGCCGCCUAGAGAGACCAUAAAAUAGUUUUGUUUGUUAUACAGUUUUACUCCUCCCUUCCCUCACAUUUACGCUUCAUAAAACAAACUUUUCACGUAACCCUUAGCGCCUCUUUUCAAAUUCUAAGUUACAUAUUGCAACGAUUCUGCAAUAACAAUGAGGCAGGAUAGCUGUGGACCGCUUCUCCAAAUGUGUGUCAAGGUGUGCUUGCUUCAAGCUGUUUAAUUUUUGCUCCCAGUUGACAUUUAGCCUACUGUAAAACACUCAUAAAACAAAAGUUAAACAUUGCAUUUUCAAAACCAAAAUGUUAAUCAUUUUGUCUUAACAAAAGUCUGCUAGCUUAAUGCUAAUAACAUACUGUACAAUAAUGAAAAAGAGCAUAGCUGUUCCGAUAAUUAUAAACUUCAACCUGCUACUUUCAAACACGGAGCACAAACCCAUAAAAUAUCCCUAAUUAGAAAGUAUUAGCGACUGUAUAUCCUGGCAUUAAAGCCUUUAACAGAUCUUCCUGUGUCUUGUGUUUGAUUUGAUUGCACUUCGUAAUUUCGGAAGUCAUCUGCUGUGCCUUUUAUCUGAUGGUACGUGUCUUCAUGCUGAGAGCAGUUUUAUGAUCCAUGGCACAGGUCGUACUUGCGCUGACACUUUUAUUUGCAAUGAUGCUUGACAUUUACAAAACCUUCCACAGUGAAAUGGGUUCCAACCGAUUUGUUGCAUAAAGAUGUUACUCUGGAGGGAGAUCUUAGUUGGCGUAAUUAAUGCUUAAUGAGAUGGAUGAAAAGUUUGUUUUGCCACUGGGGGUCGUUUCUGAUCUGUUUUAUUAUUUGCUGACACACAUGCGACAUUUGGUCUCUGGUUUGGUGGUAACAUCACUAGAAAGCUGCGCCUUUCAUCCCUUUGUGCAUGGAGAAUAUCGCAAAUGGCAACAAGAGUGCUGAGGCGUGCUGGGGCUCAGCCAGUACCUCCAAUGGGAUGUUGAAAUAUUCAAAGAUUUCCCAAAGCAUGAAAGAUGUGGAAUAACUAGAAUAGGUGUAAAUCUAUUUUCUUUCCUUUUUUUUUUGUAGAGAGCAUUUAAUCAUCUUAUGAAGAGGCUCACCUCUGAGGGCGCUGCAGGGCCUGUUACCUGACACUGCCUCAGAAAUAAAAUAAAACAUGUUUAAUCAGGAACAGGACAUAAAAUCAUGCUGUAAUUGUUCAAUGUGAUCACAUUUGACAGAAUGAUAGGACCCAUGACAAUCUUAUUAUCCCUCUGGCAUGAGGAAUGUGCGAUAUAGUUAUUUAGCAGCGGGGUGGAAAGUAAGCUAUUUGUGUGACAUUUCUUUCAAAUGACUGAAAAAAUAUAAUUGACAUGGAAACAAAAUCUGUCAACACGGGGCAUGGGGCACUUGUAAGAAUGCCAGCAUGAUCUUGUGAGACCAAGUAUAAGCUGUUGCAAAAAAUGUCUUUUUUCAAACAAAACUGUCACAGAGGUAUUAAGCAAUGUUUAUUAUUGUGAAACUAAUGGAAAGUUACCAGAGCAAGCUGGUACACAUGAUCAGAUAUACUGUAAUGUCUUUGCGUUUGACGUGGUGAAGUAGCAUGUAGCUCCUUAUCCAAUGUCAUUUUGAAUGCCCAGUAAGAAGUCACUCUAAAUAUAAUAGUAUGUUAGUACAGUGGUUAUAAAAAGUCUACACACCGUUCUGUUCAAAUGCUUUGUUUUUUAGAUCAAAAUAAGUUUCAAAAGUUAUACACCAUUAAUAUGACCAAUAACCUGUACAACUCAAUUCAAAGAAUUACAUAUUUGAGAGAGGGGAAGUAACAAUAAACAACGAAGAUUUACACCCUGUUCAGAAUUAAGCAGUCAAAUUCAAACUCAUGUCUGCAUACACCGGCUACCAUUUUAAGUUCCUCUGAUAAAUCUCAAAUAAAAUUCGUCUGUUCUAUUAGCUCUUAUAAUCCAUGCCACACGUUAGAAAAUUGUGCCACAAAAAUCAUGCACCAUAAUUUUGGUUCCAACAUUCUUAUCUGUCUACCUUUCUAUGUACAACCUCUGAAUAUUUUAUAGUAGGAAGGCUUAUUCUGUGCCAGUGCAGAGCAGACAAGCGCAACUUGUCAGCUAUUUCCAGUUCACAGCCACCCAAUAUUUUUUGUAUCUUUGACACCCAUGGUGAUGCUCACAUCGAUCAUGCACAAGCGGCGCCUAUGCACCUCUGCAGCAGUGAUCAGGUUGCUAGCACACGGCCUAUGUUUAGUUCGUUCAAUGUCACGAGGGCGGGCAGCUGUAUCCGCUGCGUCAGCAUUAUGUAAAGGUGGUGCUAUUCGCUCUCUAGUUCUCACGCUGGGCUCUAUGAAGAAAGUGCAAGUUCCAAAAUCUGUUUUGAGUUACUACUUUUGAGUUACUGUCACCCAAACAGCUCUGGAAUGCUCAGACAACAAUGGUAAAUAAUUACAAUAAUCUUAAUGUAGCUGCUUGUCAAACAGAACUAUUCGUUUUUUAUUGCUACAGAUUAAUAUGAAAAGUCUAUUCUACA